CUUGAGAGGUCACACAUCGGAGGCAACUGCCACCGCUUCGACGCUCUCAUCCUCGCAGCAUCCAUGAGCAAGGGUUUGAACCCACACCACCUGCAAGAGGUCUCCAAGUUCCUCAAGUUCUUUCGCUCGCGACUUGCGACACACCUUGAGAACAUCGAGGCCGAGUUCGACGACACAUUGUCCGACAGACUUUCCUCCGAUGACAUGUACAGUCAAAAGGACGUGACGGAUGUUCUCAAGUCGUUGAGUUUUGCCGUCAAGGCGAACGCGAGAAGCGAGCUCCAGGACACUAUCAACAUGACAGCCCUUCUCCUCCGCCAAGUCUUCCAUGAAGCUCAAGACCACCGAAUGAAUAUUGAAUUGGAUACGGGCAUCAUCGAAGACAAAGACAUGCUGGAAAAGGUGGAGCGACUGUCGGUGGCGGAGUGGGCCAACGACGAACGGAGAUUGGAAGGGAAGAAGUCGGUAAAGCCCUCGCGCGAUCACGACGACGAAGAAUUCGCAGCGCUCGAGAAGGAGAACCAGAGCCUGCGCCAUCGUCUAGAACAGCUUCAGAAAGACGUGAACAAGGCCAUCAAGGACAAGCAACGGGCUCAGGACGACAUGGACGAGUUACGGCAAGCAGCGCAUGCAUCGCGCCAUGUAGAGGCGUUGGAGAAGGAGCUCAAGGAAUCCCGCGACAUCAUCGCCGACUACGAGCGCAGCGCGAAGGAGGCCAACCAGCACAUCACGCAAACCAAGCAGUUCCAGCAGCUCAAGAAAAUGGUCGGGCAGAAGAACGAUGCGCUCAAGGCGCUGCGAAAGCGUCUGCUCAAGUAUGAGCCGGAUGCUGACUAUGAUGACGUCGACGAAGACGACUAGAGACCAUUCGUGACUCGUUAAUUGCAUAUGCGAAUGAAACUCUCCAUGUCGCGAGGCGUUAUGGAGAUGUGACACGGGGAGUGAGGUGGGUCAGGGCGAGUCCGUGGAGCUGGCUGUGCGACGGAUUCGGCGGCACACGGACGUGGUUGUCCACGAGCAGUCUCCCGAGAGCUCGAUGAGACAAAAGCGAGCAAAGCACAUCGAGUUGCUCGACUUCGUCUGCGUGCGUCUCGUCCGAGCCAGCCUCAAACGCUGUCGAAAUCAUCCCAUGAUUUUCGUGUGCCCAUUCGCGUUGGAGUGUUCGAAUGGUACUACGAGCGUGAUUUCGUGUGGCGUCGUCUGUCGACUGCAUGUACAGCUUGAGGCAAUAUGCUUCGUCGCACGACAGCCGGUCGGACUCGACAAGCGCGUCGACCUGCGCCAGUUCAAUCAGGCAUGCUCGCGGGUUGUCGUCCGCUUGUUCUGUCUCGAUGGGUUGACGUGGUUUGAAUGCCAACACGGUCAACACACUGGGGUAGAUCGAGCACGACGCAUCACACGGACGGGCGAGGGUCGGUGGGACGUUGGCAAAAUUGAAAUAUCGCUGGUAGUGCAGCCACCAACUCGCGCGAUGGGCUGGCUCGACGUUGUCUACAUGACGCGCUUUUUCCAUUGCGUCGAGCUUCUCGAUCGCUUCCGUACUAACCCAUUCCCAAAACACAGCCCACGGCACGACCGAGUCUUCGUCGGUCGAGUCGAAUGUCGUCACCGCUUGAACGUACCCGGGGUCGCCCUCGUUGGCAAACACUUGGCGGAUCAAGAGCUUGCAGUCUGCCUUGGAGAUCUGGCCGGUCGCGUCGGGGUCGUACUGGGUGAAAAGCACUUUUGCACCGACUUCCAAUCGGUCAAUCUCAGCGGUGGCCUGCUGCAGGGACGAAAAGUGCUCUUUCGUUGAACUCGCAUACAAGCUCGCCCCGGCGGCGUAUCCGAGGACGCUGCCCACAACCGCACCUCCUGUGGCAGCGACGAGUCCGACGGGGCCCAUUGCCGCCGCCCCCGUCCAGUACCCCACCGUCGUCGCUACUCCGUACAAGCCCAACGUCGCGCCGGCCGCUGCAACUGUGCCGCUCGCGACAUGAUGUCCUGCUUUCAGCCAAAACGCUUGCAUCGAGAGCCGUUCACUCGCGGACGUCCGGGGCUUUUUCUGGCGAAAUUCCAGGUAGUCUUUUCCAAUGUCGACCAAGAUGGCUGCGACUGUUAGAGGAGCCGCCACCCCGCGUAAACCAGGUAUCACCCGUCUGAGACCGGUAGCCAGAGCCACGCCGCUGGCUGCUUUCACCCCACUGUCCACUGCAGCGCAUUGCCCGGCCGAGACCAUGGACCCCAGCGUCGCGCCAUCGUUCGACGACGUUUGAAGUCCGUACGCAACAACCACUUGGUCUGCCAGUCGACUCCGCAGCAUGUCCAACUGGUGUUCUUUGUACGACAACAUGGCCGCGGCACCCCGGUCAACUUGGUCUGCAUCCACGUAGGAUAGGCACCCCAUGGGCAGUUCCACCACGUAAUGAGCCACUGGAACCUCUCUGCGGUCGAUGACUGUGCCGACACCAAACGGAGUGGAGACGAAUGCCCCAUUCGGGUACAAAGCGGCCUUAACAGACAGGUCAACCCCUUCCAACGUCGCCAGGCACUCGAAGAAUUCAUCUUCGGCUUGUUCUUGCGUUGUGGCCCACCCCACGUCGUCCAGGCAGUCAUAGAACUCGUCCAUUAGCGUCGUAUGUUGACUUGGUGGGGCAUGCGCUGCCACGACCGCGUCGUUGGGUUGUACAAGUUGACGCUGAUGGGACAAUCGCACGUCCCCGCCACCGCCACGGGCCAAAGCAGUCCCGUGGCUCCCUUUGUCCAUCAACAAUUGCUGGAGCAACGGAAACGGCAUGCGUCGGACGGCUUCGGCUUGGCGGCGGCGGCGUGUGUUGUCGUUGUACUUGGUCCAUGCGUGGACAGCUACGGCCAUGCCAGCGCUUACAACGACUGCCCCCCCGACAGCCGAUGCCGCCAUGGCAAAGCUACCGCUCGAUGGAUGGGUGGUCGCGGCUUGGUCCGUCGCGAGCAUGUCGUCCGACGCGACGUAUGUUACGCUCUUAUCUGCCCGAACGACGCGCAUCUUGUCAACUGCAAACAGGUUGUCGUGGUUGUUCGGGUUGAACCGGGGGUUCGACUUCGGCACCACUAGGACGCCGUUCGAGUUGGAGAAGCCCCACGUCAUGGUAUUCCACUUGUCUUGGGCUAGCCGGAACACCCGAAGGGCGUCAUCCAGGCUCGUGCCAUGGACAGUUCCUCGCUGGAGGAACUCGUCGCCCCACGUGCCUUUCGCGUGGUUAUCGGCUUGUUGUUGCAGCUGUUUGUCGUAUGCGGCGCGAGCGUCCGGGUCCGUCAGCACCUCAUGAGCUUCGGCAAGCAGUUUAAAGUGGAUCGUCGCUUUGUCGCGGUCCGCGGGUGUGGUCCAUCGGUCGGGGUGCCACUUCAGCGCGUGGGACUUGUACGCAGCGCGGACCUCCUUGACCGUUGCAUCCGGUGCGAUGUGCAGUCGCUCGUAAUGGUUCAUCUCGACGGUGCAGCCUUGAGCAACCCGUUUUGACACCUGCAUCACGUACGAUGGCAUAACGUGCUGCCGCAACGCAAACGUCGACACGGCCUGCAUGGCUUUGCGCAAUUUUACCGCGACGACCGUCGAGUCGUCCACGUGGGUGACGGACAAGCUGUCCUUCGUCAGGAACGCAUAUGUCCCGACGGGGCGCAAGUCCUGCAUGCAAGCGGUCCAUUUUGCAUUGUGGAUGAUCCGUGUUUGGAAGGUUCGGAAUGUUUUGUGCACCAAGUGCCACGUCUGGUCGGCAUAGUACGACAGGGCGAAUUGAGCCAUCGGAGACGAUGCCGCCGUGACGGGCGCGGUGCUGACGACGCGAGAUACCGUUGGCAGGAGUUUGAGGACAAAACCUAGCGCGCGCGAGACUUCGACGAACCGGCUUGUCGUCGUUGAGACCAGCGACGCAGUCUGCGCAAUGUCAAAGAUGUUGGGCACGCAGUCAAACUCGUUUACGAUUGUGACCAUGUGUGGCGCGAGUUUGGUCGAUGCCAAAACAAUCGACACGUCCGACGUGGCGAUGCACGGGGAGCCGAACGCGAUGGACCGCACACCGAUGUCUUGGGUUGGAAUCUCAGUCAAUAGGAGAUCGCGCUGUGCAAGGAGGCUUGGCGGACAAGCACGGGACGUUGAUGCAUUGGAUUCACGCAUGCGAGCGUCGUCGAUUGCCUCAAGCGUCAACUGCAACGCGCGCGGCAAUGAAGCAUAGACAAGACCAAGAAAGCACAUAUGCGCCGUGCUUCCAGUCGCGGCAUGACCACACAACACGAGAGUCUUGCCUUUGCCGUGAACAAUGUCGAGCAACGAUUGCCGCGUAAGGGGGUCGUGGGGACGUCGGAGAAGUUGCAAAAUGCGCUUCGCUUGUUUAUGGAAUGCUGUAUGGACGCGACCGCCAUACCAGAAUGUUGCUUGACGCUCUGUGAUGUCGAGGAGUUGCUGGGGAAAGGGGGUGGGUUUGAUGCAGCAGAACACGCUGAGUUCCGACUCGAUCAAGACAAAAUCGUCGAAUCGAAGAAGGGACGGAAGCGCGAGGUCAUCGGAGAGAGUAGCUGUGGACGGAUCCGACUCCAAGAACGUGAGGAUAUCGUCGCUUGCGAUGGCGGCACACAGGACAGCGGCAUUGCCAACCUGCUCCUCUGUCACGCCAGUGGAACACCACAGCGCCGUCGCUCGUCCCAUCGUGCAGUUGGGUUGCCCCGUU